UAACACCUCAAACAACAAAGAGCUUAGCUAGCCAUGCAAGAUUGUGGGGAGAGCAUGGAUGGAAUCAUUAUCUCCUUAAUUCGAUAGAGCUUUGACUUUUUUCAUGAGUCAAAGUUGUUCUAUAACUGAAUUUUGAGCACCUAUUUUAUAUUACAAGAGAGAGGGGGGUUUUCUAGUCUUUUUCAUUCUAAUGUCGGCCAAAACCUUCAUUGUCCUAAUUGGAGUUGGUUUCCUUCAACUUGUGGACAAAGUACCUUGCUAAGGAAGGUUUCUAGAAGCUAGGGCACGAGCAACGGUAGGGCGGCGAUUGUGACCACCAUUCUUAUUCUUCGUGGGCUGGACUCCUUGGCCCCUGGACGAAAUCUUCUCAUCAUUUGGAUGCAUCUUGACCAAGUUUCCUCCAACGUCAGUUGGACCAGUUGCUAGGCCACAGUUGAUUUCUGCUUCUGCUUGGACUGAGUCUUCUCCUACUAAGAUUUUCUUCGACUCAUAUCGUGGUUAAUAGCAGGCCUCUCCGUCAUUGGGCCUCAUCUUUAUCAUGAAAGCUUCAUGUUAUCCUCUUUAUAGCUCCUUCGGUUCUCUAGAGUUCUUCAGUGCUCAAUUCAAAUUUCCUUAUGCUACUUUGUACCUUGAAAAUCAUUAAAACAUACCAAGAAGGCAUCAAGGAUGUGGUUCUUGAGGAUGAAUUCAUUGUCGAGCCAAGGUUGAGUCCGACAGGAAGUUGAAUGUCCAUCUCUCACACUCCAGAUUGUUUCUCUUUUCAUCAUCAACAUCGCCUUGAGUAUUGCUUUCCAGAAACUCGAGUGGUUACUCAUCUUCAUCAAAACAAUGGAUCCGUUUUUAUGUUUAAAGUAUUUUCCUUGAAGCCUGCACCCAAACCUAUGAUUAAUUGUUAAACCAAUAUGAUCAUAUACAUCAUAUUCAAAUUCCUCGAUGAUAUCAGCCUUAACCAUCAUUGGUCCUUGGGGUUACACUGUGUGUUCCAAGAGACAAGAUGGGUCUUCCAAUCACCUACUUUUCAUGUUAUUGCAUUACAAACUGGGGUUGGGAGUUGCCUAGUUUGCAUUGCAUAAGGCAGAAUGAUAUUAAGAAUUGAGGUUGCUAAGGUAACUCUUCUAGCAAUGGAAAGAUUUUUUUGCCUUUCCACGUACUGAGUUUGUUAUCAAUCUUUUCAAAGAUGUACUUGAAGGUGUUCUUCGACAAUCUACCAUGUAAGACAUACAUCCUUACAUAUUUUCCUAGGGCGGAUGUAGAUAGCAUAUCAAGGGUAAGGAAAGUUUCUUUCCUAUCAAACAUUUUGACAUUCUCAAAGAAAAAAAAUCAAACACAAUAUCCUUACUAAUAAAUGCAUGUGAAGCCACACAUAACUCUUAAAUGCAUUCAACGAUUAUAUAUGCUUGUCUCAAGUUAGCUUCCGUAAACAAAACUAAGUUAUUGACGAAGAAGAUAUGGGAGAGGGGGGCCUCCAACAGAAAGAUUCACAGGAAUCCAGUUUCCAAAGUUAAACUCUUUUUUCAUAUAACCUCUCAAUGCAUAAAGUGAGUAGAUAGGGUGAGAAUGAACAUCCUUGUCCGAGACCUCUGUUUGAUGUGAAUGUCUCAGUUUCUCCUUUGUUCUAAAGAAAUUGCAGCUUUAUUGUGGUCAUGCAGCUCAUAAUAAUUCACACAAUACUCUUAGAGAGGCCAUCAACGCGUAACGUUUCUUCAAGGAACUCACAGUCAUUUCUAUCUAGGCUUUUGCAAGGUCUGUCUUCAAUAACAUGUGACUCUUCUUUCCUAACUUAUUCGACAUCGAAUGAACAAUUUCAUGCAAAAUAAGUAUGUUAUCCAUAAUGUGGUGAUUCGGAACAAAUCUCAACUGAUUAGGGCGCACUAAAUCAGGCAUGGGAAUUUUCAAUAAAUCCAACAAAAUGUAUUAUAUCAUUCUUCUUUAACUUAUUGUUCUUGCAAAACCGAUAAGUUUUUGGAUUCCUCUCAUUCAAGAGCUCUAUGGUUAGGAGCUCGCUAAAGAGUUUCCUUUCCUUUUGGAAAAUGUUUCCUAAAAUCUCCUUGUUCCAUUUUGGAGUUUGACAGCUAGGUUCGAGAGAAAAAGGAUAUCGUAAUCACCAUUCCAGGACUAAGCGAUAAAAGGGUGAAAAUCCUCAUGAGCAAGCCACGAAGCUAGAAAAUGAAAUGUCUCGACCAUUUGUUAUUAUUAUUAUUAUUAUUUUUGGGUGGUGGUGGGGGGUGGGGGAUUUCAUUGCCUGCUAAGAUGAGUCGAUUGUAGGACUUUAGCUUUGUUUGGUGGAAGUUGACAAAAUCAGGAAACUGUUGCUGCCAUACAGGUUACAUAAGCUACAAUUCAAUGACUCAUUUAUGCAAGAAGUCCUAGUGAACCAAGUGAUUUAGGGCUUGUGUACUUCAAGUCAAUCAACCCACAAUCUUUAAUGAAUUCGUUAAAAGCAUGAGUCUUUGCCGGAUUGAAAGAAGAUCCUUCUUGUUUCUAUGAAAGGGCAAAAAUGGAGUGGAGGUCCCCAACGAGUGGUCGUGGUACUCUCAUAUGAAGCACCUCGCUCGUAUUCAUUUUGACUUACAUAGACAAUCAUGACAAUGCAAACUUACUUUGUCGCCUAGGAACAUUGAGAUGGAGGAAUUGUUUUAUGGCAGACGAGUGAUUUCAUGUUCAGGUCAAUUUUGUUCCAAAGCACUCAGAUCCCUCUAGUGAAUCCAGAGGCAUCCAAAACUUCCCAAGAUUCAAAUCCCGAGGUUUUGAUUAUCGCAGUAGUCUCUUUCCCGUUAACAUGACGCAGAAGGAUACGCACCACUUUCACACGAUGAGUAGCUGUAUAAAACUCGAAGUUUGGAUGAAAAUUUGGACGUUUCGCACCCGUGCAAUUCCAGGAGAAGAAGUUACGUAUUGAAAUUGAUUAGAGGAUUCUUAAAAUAGAAAUCAAAAGAAAACAUGGCAUGGGAUAUGAUUCUUGGGAAGUUUCGAUAUAUUGGUUCCAAAAUAGAAUCAAAAGAAGAAUGGAUACUAUGGUUGCUUGUGGAAAGCACUUGUUGCUCUCUUUUCCUUGUGUACUCAAUGGGGUGGCAACGGCAGCCCAUGCCAUGUUUUCUUCUCUUUUCAUUUUCUUGGACCAUCUCUUUUCAUUUCAAUCAGCUCCUCUUAUCACUUUUACGUGGUCGACCUUGGAUCAGAUAUUACGCCACACGAUUCCCACUAUAAAUUUGCCUCUCAUCCCUUUGCCCCUUUCCUCUCCCUCGACUCAUUUUCUCCACUUCCAAACCAAAACCACUGAAGAAAAGAAACCAUCAUCACAACAAUGGCGGAAGACUCAAAUUUGCCUCAUAAGCUAGCUUCUCUCCCCAUGAUUCAUGGUGUCGAAGAAGGUGUUGCCGAGCUAGUGUGGGAAAGUGGCCAACCUCUGGCCCGGCAUCCAAGCCGCAGCCGCCCUUCUCAGCUCCACAGAUUGAAACGCCCCAGAUUGGGAUUCGGAGCCAAUGAUCUGACGGGUUUCGAGCCCCACGUCGUUCCACAGUACAGAGACCUUGACCACCAUCAUCCAUCUUCAGGGGAAGCAGCAGCAUUCAAUAAUGAGCUCGUACCCAAAGUCCCCGAUUACCAAUUCAACCUUGGAUGGGGACCGUUCGCUCAAAUGCUCAUGGACAAUCCGAGCCCCCAGCAGCAGCAGCAGCAGGGCACUCAUAGUUGUUCCACGGAUUCGACAAAUUGUCCCAAUUCGAGUUCAAGGCUCGAUCUGCUGACGAAGAGCAGCAAUGGAGGGAAGAGCAGCAUUCCUGUCGAGUCGACUCUGGUGGAGAGUGGGUCGAAAAGUGUCAAGCGAUUCGACUUGUUGGCGCCACCGGACGAGCAAUCGGAAGCUGUUUCUCGUGACAGUGACACCAGAGCCAAGCGGGCGAAGAUUGAGGCGAAUGCGGCCGCCGGCGGGGAUGAAAACCCUGAUCACAGAAAAGAGUCGGCGUGCUGCUCACUUGCUGCAUCCAAUGAUUUCGAGCGUCUGAAGAAUACCCACCACGAGGAUACCACCGAGACGGCACAACGAGGCAGGAAGAAGAAGAGGCGAUCUGCAGAAGUUCACAACCAGUCUGAGAAGCGACGAAGAGCGAAAAUCAAUAAGAAAUUGCAGGUGCUGCAAGAUAUGAUACCCAAUGCGAACAAGAUAGACAAAGCAUCGUUGCUGGAUGAGGCAAUUGAGUAUAUGAAAGGGCUUCAGCUUCAAUUACAGAUAAUGGCAAUGGGGAGGGGCCUUAUGAUGCAGCCAAUGAUGUUACCUGGAUUCCAAGCUCCUCAAAUGGCACAACCUCCAACUAUGGGGAUGGGGAUGGCAAUGGGGAUGAAUACGCAUAUGGGUCUUGGCUGCAAUCCAACUCCGCUCUCCAAUUCACCGCUGCUUGGCUUUCCGGGACAAAUGCUACCUUUGACAAUGCCACAGCUGCAGCCAUUCAGUGCCAUGCCUACUGGAGGGUCUUCCUCCAAACCCUCCAUUCCUAUGCCUGCAAUGGAACUCAUGGGAUCUGCUCCUUUUCUGGGUACAAGAGAUGCUACAUUUCAGGGCACUAACCCUGAAAUGCUGAAUAUGGAAGACCAGAAAGAUGGGUAAAGUGCCUCUCUGCCGGUUUGCCCGGCUGUGACGAAUCAAUAGGCACUUCCCAUGGAUUGAAAGGUGUAAUUAUCUUCUCUAACAUCGAGUAGCCUUUGCCAAACUGAUGGAAAUGUGGAUAGGUUUCAACAAAUGCAGAGAGGCUUCUGCCUGCUGCGUGUUUCUCGAUCUUCAGUUUUCUUACUGAACAACUGAAUCCUCGGCGAAAGGAUCUGGGACUGGCAAAAGAAAUCAAAGAGAUCUCCCUACGAAUUGUUGAUCAUCAUCGAUGAAGAAAUCAAGGAUUCUGCCUGAGCAGCCAAGGAGCAAAUCCUUUAUGGCCUUGGAUUUCUGUGUACACCUCCAGGAAAAGAGACCUAUAAAAGACUUGUUCAGGACUGCAUUUCUUUGCCCCGACAGAGACCUACCAUCUCAGUAUCUGAACAAUCAAGAUGGCCACGAUCUCUGGCAAAAUACAAGUUAGAGCAGAUAGUUUAUUGUAUCAAUAUCGUUGAUGUAUAAGACUCAGUGUAAGUAAAUCUAACAAGCUCAGUGUAAGUAAAUCUAACAAGCUCGUUCGAUAGGAAAAAAAGGCUCAUUGUAGAACUAUUAUAUGCAUAUCUGAACACAUCUUACGCACACAAUGAAGAUCAUACUCAACU